AUGAGGAUUCCAUUUGCUGAUGAUCUACAUUCUCAUCUCAGGCAAGGAGAACUUAUGAACAAUGUUGUAAAGCAUAUACGAUCUGGUGGAUGCAAUAGAGUUUUGGUCAUGCCAAAUACCAAACCAAAUAUCGCAAGUUGUAAACAAGCUUUGGAAUAUAGAAAUUCACUGCUUGCUAUAGAGCCUAACGUAGAUUAUUUAAUGACACUCUAUCUAUCGGACAAUAUAUCGAUCGACGAUCUGAAAGAGAACGCCAAAAAUUCACAUGUCCAAGGAAUAAAGUGCUAUCCUGCGGGAGUAACAACGAACUCAGAAGAAGGUUUUCAUAGUCUAGAGCAUUACUAUCCCCUGUUUUCUGAAAUGGAAAAGUUGAAUUUAUCGCUACAUAUUCACGGAGAGUCGGUAAAUUGUAAUCCAUUAAUAGCUGAGGAUGACUUUUUGAUAAAUAUUGAAAAGGUCUGCAGAUCAUUUCCAAAUUUGAAGGUAGUGGCCGAACAUGUCUCUACAGAGUCUAGUAUUGAAGCAGUUUACCGUAUACACAACUUGGGAGCCACUAUAACUCCACAACACAUGAUAUUGACUACAAGUGAUGUCUUAAGUUCGUUAGAUAUUGACGGUCUGAAAGAUAUAACAAAAAAAAUAAAAGAUCCAUACGCAUACUGCAAGCCAAUUGCAAAAUCAACCAAAGAUAAGGGUGCAAUAUUGCAGGCAAUUAAGUCAAAACAUCCAAGGAUAUUCCUUGGUUCAGAUUCUGCUCCACAUCUAAUUACAUCAAAAGAAUCGAACGAGCCACCUGCUGGGAUAUUCACACAACCGUAUCUGAUUUGCUACUUGGCUGAGAUAUUCGAUAGCAUCAGUUCUUUAGAAUUUUUAAAGGACUUCACAUCCAAAAACGGAGCCGAAUUUUUGCAACUUCAACCAAAGGGUUUGUACACAUGUCCAAAUAGCUUACGCAUAGAAAACGAAUAUAUAUUUAUUGAAGAGAAAAGCUUUAAGGUUAUAAACAGUUUUUAUUGA